AAGUCCAUGAUAUCUCUGCCAGUUAUUUUCAUAAGUACUGCUAUACUGGUAGGGUUUCUGGCAAUGUUUUGGACACGUGACAACAGGAAUCUUCCGCCGAGGGAACCUGGACGUCUGCUCGUUGGAAACGUAGACAUUAAACCAGAUGCUUCUAUGCUACUCGACCUACAGAAGAAACAUGGUGAUUUGAUAACGCUGAAGGUUUUUGGUCAAACUAUCAUUGUUGUUUGUGGCUAUGACACUCUCAGAGAAGUUCUUGUCCAGCAUGGCGAGUCAACAUCUGCCCACCCUGCAACUUUUGGAUUUUCGGAAUAUUUUGAACUAACAGGUAUUGCUGGGGGAUCUGGCACAAUUUGGAGGAAUCAACGAAAAUUUGGACAUGACACAUUGCAGGCCAUUGAUUCCGGGAGUAAUAAUCUCGAGUCCCGGGUUUUAGAAGAAGUAUCGGACUUUCUCAAGGAGAUAGACAAAAUGGAAGGUCAACCAUUUGAUGUCAGCAGGCUCAUCAAAACAAGUCAUUACAACAUUAUAUCAUCUCUCAUAUUUGGACACAGAUUUGAACACGACAACGCCACUCUCACAAGACUCGUGGAUUUAGUCGACGAAGCUAUGGAUAUAUUUCCUGACCAGGGAAUUCUGAACUUUUUGGAAUGGCUAAAAUACGUACCAGGGGAUCCAUUCAAAGUUAGAAGGAGACGAUUCUUGGUUGAUGAAAUCUUCAAAAUUGUUCAAAAGUCAGUUGACGAGCACAAAGAAACACUUGAAAAUCCAAAGUCCUCCGAUUUUAUUUAUAGUUUUUUGAACGAACAGAAAAAGAGGAAAUUAAAUAAUGAAAGUUUGGAAGGUUUUGGAGAUAGGGACCUCGUGGUUAUGGGAUAUGUAUUAUACUUCACCAGUACCCCAUCCGUACAUGAGUUAUAUUGGUAUAUUUUAUACCUUUUGCACAACCCAGAUGUAGUGGUACGCAUGCGCACAGAAAUUCAAGAAAAUAUUGGAACCAAUAAGCCGAUCACAAUGGCAGAUCAAGAAAAGCUUCCCUACUGUCGUGCAGUAAUGUAUGAAGUCCUGCGUUUAUCUGUUACCGUCGUGGUUCCUCCGACCCAUACAUUCUCAGAAGACAUCACCGUCAACGAUUUUACUCUGCCAAAAGAUGCUUGGGUAAUGGCGGCCUUAUGCACAGUCAACUUGGAUCCAAACAUUUUUCCGGAACCUGAAAAAUUUAAACCAGAACGAUUCAUCAAUCAAAGCGGCCAAUUGUUUGGAUAUGAAAAGGUUUAUGCAGCCUUUUCAUUGGGUCCCAGAGACUGUCUGGCCAAAAAUCUUGGUAAAAUGGAAAUGUUUCUUUUUCUCACAACACUGGUACAGAACUAUGAUAUUGAAAACGAGGCUGGAAAACCUCUUCCGUCGCUGAAAGGAAUGUCUAGGGGAUUCCAUGUUGCAAUUCCCUAUCAAGUUUGUUUGAAAAAGAGAGAUUGAAGUAAAUGUCAAAAAGGUACUUCAUCCCUUUAUGCAUAUGACAAUUAAAACUUCAAACUUUAGGAUACAAAAUGAAACAAAGGGAUGAUACAUUAUGUUUUGGCCAGAAACUAAAUGAGUAAAUAGAUUUCUUUUUUAAAAAAAAAUGAAUUAUUUUCAUGUUUAUAUUAUAUCAAAUAUGUAUUUAUGCCAAAUGCUGCUUAAAAACUGGUAAUUAAAUUUCAUUGCAAUUUUCUGCCACUAAAAGAACUCAGAACUUCACAGCUGUAUCUUUUGAAAAUCAUUGCAAAGUAAAUGAUAUACAGAUACUGUCCAAUAUAUAUAUGUCAAUUGACCCUAAAAUGUCCAUGUUGUUUAUUUUAUCUUGUCUCUAUAUAAAGGACACAUUCUUCCUCAAAUGAAAA